GUGCUGCUACACCCGGCUGCAAGACUAGAGCGCUGUCGCUCUAGGCCCGGCGUCCCUAUGGUGGGCGUGGGAGGCCGGAAGUGCCUGCCUGGAGGAGGGCAAGGGAGUGCGACGCUCUAGGCGUUUUUCUCUCCCUUAUCCCUCUCGCCCCGCCCGCCCGCCCGGCUCGCCUCCCUUCUUCUCGCGAGAGGAGGAGCCGGGAGUGCCUGCCUUUCGCCAGAGGAGCCCCUCGUAGCCGCGCCGGCGGUGCCCCGAGCGAUGGGAGUGGGGAGAUGCCCCGCCACUGUUCUGCCACUGGCUGUUGUACCCGAGACACACCCGAGACCCGGAAAAGAGGCAUUUCCUUCCAUCGGCUGCCAAAGGACAACCCCCGGCGGGCCACUUGGCUGGAGAACUGUCGACGGAAAGACAUGAGCGGCCAAGGUCUCUGGGACCCUGCCUCCAAGUAUGUUUACUUUUGCUCCAAGCACUUUGAGAAGAGUUCCUUCGAACUGGUUGGCACCAGCGGUUACCAUCGGCUCAAGGAGGGUGCUGUCCCCACCAUUUUUGAGCUCCACGCCAAGCCCCGUCGGAAAUCCAAGCUGGGCAACUCCAGACACCCGAAGCAUCAGCAGAAGCAGAGCUCCGACUCCUGCCCGGAGGAGCAGCCGGCCCCCCUGUGCGCGGACAUCUCCUGCUUCCCGGCACAGGAGCUCCCCAGCCCGGGGGCCGCUCCCACCAGCGGUGGGCUCCGAAGCCAGCCCGUCCUCCCCGGACCCGAGCCGGACCGCCUGGCCGCCCUGUCGGACAUUCCUCUGGAACAGUCGCCGGCCGCCACGGGCCAAGAAGAGGCCUCCCCGUUGCCCGCCCUCCCGGAGCCCCCGCCGGGCGACCCCUCCCCGCCGGUCUCCCUCUCCCUCUACAUGCUGCGCCUGCCCCCGCCGGCCGGCGCCUACAUCCAGAACGAGCACAGCUACCAGGUGGGCAGCGCCUUGCUCUGGAAGCGGCGGGCGGAAGCGGCCCUCGACGCCCUGGGGAAAGCCCAGCGGCAGCUGCAGGCCUGCCGGCGCCGCGAGCAGCGUCUCCGCCUGCGCAUCUGCGAGCUGCAGCGGGAGCGGCGGCCCCACGGCGGCGGCGGUGGCGCCGACCCCCAGCGGAGGCUGAAGGAGCACCUGCAGGUCUUCCAGCUGCAGCUCCUCAACGACCUCGAGUGACCCCGGGAGGGGCCGAGGCGGACCUUUCCCUGCCGGGCGCCCCCUCCGCUUGCCGUCUGGUGUCCCCCGUGGCCACGCCGUGGGUCCGGGCUCCGGCCCCUGUGAACUCGCCGGCCCUUCGGCACCCACUGCCUUCCCCCCCCCCCCCCCACCGUUCGCGUCUACUCUGUAUCUGUAAAUAAAGAUGGUUUUGUAUGAGUGAA